AUGGCGGUUAUCGAAUCUAUUCCCGACAAUGCUCCCACCACCAAAACCCCGCUCCCUAAGCCACCGCCUCGCUCCGGGGACUUCACCUACGCCCAAACAGAUCAACCACGCGAUCUCGAAUCCACACUCAAAUCGUGGGACUCCGUACCGCUCUUUAUGAAAGACCUCCCCACCGAUGAAUCUACAGAUACCGCACUGGAGGCGCUUCAAUCGCUCGCGUUUGACGGAACCCCGGACGAGGUGGCUUCCAAUUUCAAGCAGCAGGCCAACGACUACUUCAAGGCAAAAAGGUACCGCGAGGCACUCGGGUUCUACACGCAAGCCAUCGACGCUGCGCCGCAAGACAAGGCGCUUCUGGAGACGCUAUAUGCCAAUCGAGCGGCGUGUAACUUGGAGCUGAAGAACUACGGCGCGACUUUGAGGGAUACGAGCGCAGUUCUGGGGCUCAACGAGCGCAGUGAAAAGGCCUACUACCGCGCCACCCGCGCGCUGCUCGCGCUGGACCGGUUUCAGGAUGCGAUCGACUGCGCUGCGCACGGCGUCAAGGUCAACCCGGACAACGCGGAGAUUGCAGCGCUCAAGUCAAAAGCCGAGCAGAAACUCGCAGAUGUAGAAAGGAGGAAGAAGGAGGCCGAGGAGAGAGCGAGGCGCAAAGACUUGUUGGCCAAGACACUGCAACAGGCGUUGCUGGUGAGAGGGUUAUGGUUGGAGACGACGCCGCGACCACCGGACAAUCCGCAACCUGCACACUUUGACCCCGAGUCCCUGCCGGCAAGCUCGAAAGACACUUUACCGCUCAGCGAGUCGUGGACGCCCCCGGACAUCAUUCGCACCCCACUCGUCCUCCCGGUCUUCCUCAUGUACCCGCAACACGCCCAGAGCGACUUCAUCCCAGACUUUCACGAGGACUCGACCCUCACCGCCUACCUCUCCACCAUCUUCCCACGCGAUCAGCUCGGCAGCCUCCCCUGGGAUUCGAGGCGCGAAUACUACGACGACAACUUGAAUGUCUACGCUACCACGCGCAAGCAGCGGCUGUUGAAGCUGGGCAAGAAGCUGACGUUGCGCCAGGUCAUGGAUCAGGCGUUCAAGGAGGCGGAUACGGCAAAGGGCGAGGAUGGCGUCAAGGACAGAGAUGGCCUCGUGAUGCGGGACGGUAUUCUGAGUUUGGUCGUGGUACCCAAGGGCGAGGCGGAGAACAAGUGGGUUGGCGAGUUCAAGGCGCAGCGCGACAAGGCGAGCAAGUGA